AGCAUAAAAACUUUGGCCAACAAACUAUAAAAUAUAGCAACAAAAAGCUAUAGUAUUUCUUCUCCUAUCUACUCUUUAUCAGAUUCGUAACUUGUGUUUCCAUUUUCAAUUGUUGUCAAGUUAAAGCAAUUCCCUGUUUUCGGGUGUAUAGUUGAAGAUGGAAGGUUCUAUAAUACGAAGAGUGAUUCCAUCUGAUAACAGUUGCCUUUUUAAUGCUGUUGGUUAUGUGAUGGACCGUGACAGGAACAAAGCCCCUGAGCUAAGACAGGUUAUCGCUGCAACAGUGGCCAGUGAUCCAGAAAAAUAUUCUGAUGCCUUUCUUGGGAAGUCCAACAAAGAGUAUUGUGAUUGGAUUCUUAACCCAGAGAAAUGGGGAGGUGCCAUAGAGCUUUCAAUAUUGGUUAACUACUACGGACGAGAAAUUGCAGCCUAUGAUAUCCAAACAACGCGCUGUGAUCUGUAUGGACAGGGAAAGAACUAUCAGGAAAGAGUAAUGCUGAUUUAUGAUGGACUUCAUUAUGAUGCUUUGGCUAUGUCCCCUGCUGAAGGAGCUCCGGAGGAGUUUGAUCAGACAAUUUUUUCUGUACAGAGAGAUGGGACUGUAGGACCAGCUGAGAGGCUUGCUCUUAAUCUGGUUAAGGACCAACAAAGGAAGAGGAGCUAUACUGACACAGUCAACUUUACGUUGCGAUGUGGAGUUUGUCAAAUUGGAGUCAUCGGCCAAAAGGAAGCUGUAGAGCAUGCACAAGCAACUGGACAUGUGAACUUCCAGGAAUACAAAUGAAAGAAUCAAAACAAAAUAUAAUUUGAUUAUUUCUUUGUACUGGUGAAAACCAGUUUCAUGAGGCUGUCUGUCUAAAAGUCUUUUCAUUUUUAAUAGAAAGGUGUGUGGUCUAAGUUUAUUUGGUGAUGCUGUAUUGUGCUAUAGAAAAUUGUCCAUUUUAGACACAACAAAGAGAAAUUGGGACUUAAAAGAGCCUUUUUUUACACAACCUUUCAUGAAUUCGUUGGUGCUACACACUACAUUAAUCUGUUUAAAAUGCUUAUAUGUUAAAUUUCAGUACUGAUAUGAUAUACAUAUCCUUGUUAGUAUA